GGCUGUGUUUCGUAUUCACCAGCUAGCCGAUAAUAAAGCAAAUAGAUCUUGUAUUUUAUCAAGGUCAUAUUUGUUUUGUCUCAUAUAUACCUCGUGUAGUUUGCCUGGCUGUCUGGUUGAACGGGUGUUGAGAUUCUCACACGGAUCUCUCUCAGAUCCUCAGAAUGAGGGACACCGUGAGCAUUGAGGUUCAGCUGUUCCAGCUCAUCGUCUACAUCCCAACAUUCAGCUUAGGCCUGCUAUUCAAUGUGUCAGCUCUGUGGAUUCUUCUUUUCAAGAUAAGGAAAUGGACAGAAUCGACAACUUAUAUGGGAAACCUGAUUUUCAAUGACUGUCUUUUGCUUUUCUCUCUGCCGUUUAAAAUGAGUGCCUACAAUACAAAGAAACCGUGGGGCCUUGGAAGACCCUUCUGCUUGUUCUUGGAGAGCCUGUAUUUUGUUAACAUGUACGGGAGCAUUUUGAUCAUAAUGUGCAUUUCUGUAGAUCGGUACAUUGCUGUAAGGCACCCCUUUUUGGCAAAAUCUCUCAGGUCCCCACUGAAAGCUACGCUUGUCUGUGCUGCAGUGUGGACUAUCAUUUUUGGCUCAAGUGUGGAAGCUUAUAAAUUGCAUGAUGUUCACUUUAAUGGCACUCACUGUUUCCAUAGCUUUUCCAAUCGCACCUGGCAAAAGGUACACUUGGUUGCCAUAAUGGAGACCCUGUUUGUUGCUAGUGCCUUAAUUAUGACCCUCUGUUCCAUUGAAAUAGUAAGAGUCAUAAAGAGAAUAAGAAGAGACAGUUUGGAAGUGCAAAAACAAAGCAACAAUAAAUCUGUUAAAAUCGUCCUUGCAAACCUUUUUACAUUUCUGAUCUGUUUUAUACCCUAUCACAUUGCAUUGCUUUUGUACUUUUUAGUGAAGCAUGGUACCAUUCCUUCCGAUUACAGAGAACCCCUGCGCAGCUUUGUUCAGGUCAGCCUGUGCUUGACCAACGUAAACUGCAUGUUGGAUGGAAUUUGUUAUUACUUGAUUCUUAAAGAGAACUGGAAAUCCACUAGAGAGGUGACAGAGGCAACUGAAAGCUCCAGUCUGAAAGCUCCAAUCAGGAGUCUCCGAGUGGCUCACCUGGUAAAAGCACGGCAGCGUGGUGUGCAUGGUGAGUCAUUGAGUCAGGAGAGCACAAUUUUGCACCCAGGCUAUGCGAAGCCACUGGUCUUCACUGGAGAUUCUGGAGGGAGCUUCUAAUCCUGUGGGAUUGGGACGCAAAACCGGAAAGGACUGUUUCAACUCAUCGAGCUACAGCCAACCCUACCGGCCACCUGCAGGGCUGGCCUUUGUCUUCCUGAGGCUGGUAGCUGGCUGACGUCCGCUCUCCGGUUCCUAGCUGUAAAAGAGGAAGCGGGCUUGGUCGUGGGAUCGGAGGAUGCCCACUGAGCCUUCAGUUCUCCUGCGCUGUGUGGAGGAGUCCUGCGGUGAGGUGGAAAAUAAUUGCACAUUCUGAGUGAGAAAAUCGGGGACAACAUAAUUAGUCAUUCUAAAGUUUAAAAAAAAAAAAGGAGAAAAAAAGAUAGUCAUAGCCUCUUCAGACCUCAGUGCUAUGGGAUGACCAGAUCUGUAUUGUGCAGUACAGUGUAUAGACGGUGUAGGGGGCUCUGAAGAGGAUCUAACUGAAGCACAUGUGAGGAAGGCUACACUGGGGUCUUUGUGCAAUUUACGAGAACUGCAAACCAAAACCAUUAAAGUGAUUUGAUGGGAGC